AUGGCCAAUUUUGAACAUAAUGUGAUGGUUUCUUUGUAUUGGGGUGGCGAAAUAAUUACUGAAAUGAAUGGAUUCAGGUAUACUGAAGGUGCCAAAAUGAUUGUUAGCAUGUUUAUUUCAACGAACUAUGCUGAAUUGGUUGAAUUAUUGCAUGAGAAGAUGGGGACAAAUAGUGAAAAUAUUCAAAUUGAUAUUUCUGGAAAAUAUCCAUGCUCAUUUCAAGAACCGAUUAUUCAACCAUCAUUCCAGCAAUUACCGAUGCACGACAAUCCAAAUUUCUAUAAUCAAUCUCACACCAAUGUGUCAUCAUAUAGUGCGACGCAUGGUUGCCGUCAAUCAUUUGGUGCAGGUCCUAGCACGCAUGGUCAUCGAUCAUUUGAUGAAGGCUCAAGUAGUCAAAGACGUACUAAUAGUAGCCACGGAGAAUAUGAGGCCAGAGAAGUUGAGGCCAGCGUUGAUAUGUAUAAUGAUGCAAAUGCUGAAAUUAGCUCUGAAAAUUCAGAGGAUGACGACCCUUCAAGAGAGGAUGAAGAGAGUGAAAGAGAAAGUGAACCUGAUGAAUAUAUCGGCGAUAGUGGAGAUUUACUUCAAAAUAAUAUUGGUGUAAAUCCUCAUAAUCAAUUUGGUCAUGGUGUGUCAGAAAUUCCAUGUCAUGAUAUACCCUACUUUACGACAUUGGAGAGCGAAGAAGAUAUUUUCAUUUCUACACGAGAAUCUGAGAUGGGAUGUUGUUCAGCUUGGUUCGAGGAUGCCAACAAAGACUUGGAAAAGAAUAUGUAUUUUAGCAGCAAAGCAAAAUUGAAGCGGGUCGUGACGAUUUGGAGUUUGCGCAAAAAUAAAGAGUUCGAGGUGGUAACGUCAAACAAAAGUCUAUGGGUUGUGAGAUGCAGGUUUUAUAAUUUAUUAGGUUGUCUAUGGUUUCUUCGAGGCCGGAAGGUUGGAAAUAACCUUUGGAAGAUAGGAAAGUAUGUUGAUAAUCAUAGAUGUGAGACUGAAGAGCUUACGACAGGUCAUGUCAACCUAGAUACCAAUUUGAUUGCAUCCUUAUUUCUAAACCAAAUUCGAAAAAAUCCCAAGUUGUUAGUAGUAGAUGUCAUGGCUAGGGUUCACGAGAAAUUUGGUCAUCAAGUGACAUACAGGAAAGCGUGGCUUGGACGUCAACGCGCAUUUGAAUUGGUGUAUGGUGACUUUAAAAAAUCAUUUAGUGAGCUUCCUAAAUUUUUUGCAGCUUUUCAGCACUUUAAUCAUGGAACAGUUGUGGAAUGGAAACACGAAGAGUCUACGAGUUCACUAGAGGUAAAAACUUUCAAGGAGUCGAAAGAGGCAUGGAAAUGGUUUUUUAGGAAUUUGAGCGCACAUGUGAUAAAGGAUAGAGAAGAUAUAUGUGUGAUCUCUGAUAGGGCAAAAGGAAUUUUGGCUAGUUUAUCGGAGUUGCAGCGGUAUCAAGAGCCUCGGGCCUACCAUCGAUUUUGCCUAAGGCAUCUUAAGAGCAACUUUCAAUCUCUAUAUCCAAACAAGGACCUCAGUAAACUGAUGUGGAGGGCUGCUUCAGCCUAUCAAAUAAGGAAGUUUGAAGCCUUGAUGUGGGAAAUUAAGGAAGAAAAUGUUGAAGCAUAUCAAUACCUCAUGGAAAUUCCCCUGGACAAAUGGACAGUUAGUCAUGAUGAUGGAAAAAGAUAG